AUGUCACGCAAAGGACUUAAGGGUAGCAGCACAAUCGGUGGCAACGACGUGCUGACCAUAGACCAGCUGCGCCACCAAGACGACUGGGUGCUCGACACGGAGCGAUACAGAUGCCACGUGUGCACGCGGAAUUUUACGCGUUUUCGACGAAAGCACCAUUGUCGCAAGUGCGGAGAGGUAGUUUGCGGGAACUGCACGCUGAAAAAGGAAGCCGAGCUACCUGUAAUUGGUCGUUCCCUGGUUCGUGUAUGCAUGUCUUGCAUCCUUUCGCACGCCAACGGCCAGGCGAACCCGCAAGCGCCACCGGUCCCCACUUCUGGUACAACUUCCUCGCCACCGCCGCGAGAGGAGCAUUGGGAGGCGCAGAAUUUUCAUUCACCCACUGGCAACUCAGAGGGUGAUCUCUCCCAUUUCACUCGAGACUUUCAGCAACCAGAAUUCGACUACCCGCUCGACUUGAGCUGGGAUCACCCAUGGCCAAAGCCUCCGAUUGUUCCUGCUGAAUCUGAUCGUCUCGAAGUUUUGCGUAGCUUCGAUAUAAUGGACACGCCAAGUGAAGAUGUGUUUGAUAUUAUCUGUGAUUUGGCUAGCAACGCUUUAAAGAGUCCUAUUGCAGCAGUUAGUCUACUUGACGAAGAUCGUGAGUGGUUCAAGGCGAGUGUGGGAUUGGCGCAGAAUGAAGUCCCGCGCUCGGUGUCUUUUUGUGCGCACGCAAUCAUGUCUAAGGAGCCAAUGGUCGUAAUGGAUACUCUUUUAGACAAGCGAUUUUCUAAAAACCCGCUGGUAACGGGCGCUGCCAAAAUUCGUUUCUAUGCCGGCGCGCCAAUAUGCACGCCUUCAGGUCACCUUCUAGGUACGGUGUUUGUAUUUGAUACACAACCACGCAAUACAUGUGAUAUCGCGACCCUGGAAAAACUGUCAAAUGUGGCGAUGAAAAAUCUAGAAGAUCGAAAGAAUGCUGUGGCCGCACCGCUUGAUAAUGGCGAGACUGUAGAGGUUGUGAAGAGUGAUGAUCAUCAAGUAGAUGGUAUCAAACGCGCCACUGAGCCCCUUCGAGAAUCGGGAUUUGGAGUGGCAAAUCAGGUGGUAGCUCAACCUGUCUCUAGUGCGUCACAGGAUCUUGUCGCAGCUAAUGUCGGCGAUGGGCAGGUAUCGGCAGGUCCAAAGAUGGAGACGAUGCUGAUGGAUCUACUGUGUCGUACUACAGAAACCCAGCAACAGCUAGCAACACAGCAGGGAGCAAUGUUUCACACAUUAGGUCAACACACUGCUGAUAUCGACAAGCUGGCAACUGCAAUGGCGCGGAUGGAGGCAAAAUUAGACGCGAUGGUCGAAUAA